AUGUUGCGCAGGUCCACAGUUUUUUUUUUGGGUGCGUCCCGCAUGCUCUUUUCGGGGGGAGGCUCGGGCCCUACACCGUAUCAAGACAAGGCGUACCCCGUACAGCCUCACAGCCUGAAUGAGCUUCAACAGCCACCAGAUACAUGGCGUAAAAGUCCAUUUAUGAGCAAGUUGAUGGAUCAAUCUCUCCCAGUCUACGACGAUGUUGUCACGGGUUCCGGCCGUCUUUAUUGGCAGGAGCCUGCCAAGGUCUGGCACUUCUUUGAGGCGGAUGACACUCUUAUUCUGGAGGAGCACGACCGUGAGGAAUGGAACGAACGUCCAUAUGUUGCAGUAAACCACCUCUACGAGCCGCCAGUUGGCAGCGAGGAGCGGCCUAUACGCAUUGAAGCUGUAGGCAACCCUGGCGAUCAGCAAAUUGUGUUGUGCUUUGGUAACUGCGCCCCUCAUGUACCGCAGUCUAAUUACUACAUGAUGAUGAAGGGCUAUACCAAGAACAAGUGCCCCAUGUGCCAACAGUGGUUUUAUAUUCACAACCGCCCAUGGUUGGUGAUGCACCCGGAUUGGACAGAUGAGCCCGCCGCGGAUGAGGGCCCCGCAUACACUUUUGCCGAGAUUGAGGCCGAAUUUGACCGCGACUUCCACGAGUUUGCUGUCUACCUGAACGCUGAGUAG